AUGGAUAUGAAAACACCAUUGUCGUUGGCUUUAGUUUUCGUAUCGGUUUUCGCGGUUUACUGUUUCGAUCAUGCACUGUCUACCACAGUCACAUAUGACCAUAGGGCACUGGUUAUUGAUGGCAAGAGGAGGGUAUUGCAGUCUGGUUCAAUCCAUUAUCCUAGAAGCACCCCAGAGGUUUGGCCCGAACUUAUUUGGAAAUCAAAGGAAGGUGGAUUGGACGUGAUUGAGACUUACGUUUUCUGGAACUACCAUGAACCAGUCAGAGGAGAGUACUACUUUGAAGGUAGGUUUGACCUGGUGAAGUUUGUGAGAACAGUGCAGGAAGCUGGCCUUAUGGUUCACUUGAGGAUUGGUCCAUAUGCUUGUGCUGAAUGGAAUUUUGGUGGAUUCCCUCUUUGGUUACAUUUCAUUCCUGGGAUUCAAUUCCGAACUACGAAUGAUUUGUUCAAGAAAGAAAUGCUGCGUUUUCUCGCCAAAAUCGUAGGCCUAAUGAAGGAAGAGAAGCUUUUUGCAUCACAAGGAGGGCCUAUCAUUCUUGCUCAGGUUGAAAAUGAAUAUGAGCUUGUUGAAUGGGCAUAUGGGGUUGCAGGAGAAUUGUAUGUCAAUUGGGCUGCAGAAGCUGCUAUCAGUCUUAAUACAACAGUGCCUUGGGUGAUGUGUCGACAAGAAGAUGCGCCUGAUCCAAUCAUAAACACAUGCAAUGGGUUUUAUUGUGAUCAGUUCACUCCGAAUUCUCCAUCAAAACCAAAAAUGUGGACCGAGAACUACAGUGGAUGGUUUAAAUCAUUCGGAUAUCCAAUUCCUCAUCGACCGGUUGAGGACCUUGCUUUUGCCGUUGCACGUUUUUUCGAAAUGGGUGGAACUUUUCACAACUACUAUAUGUAUUUUGGUGGAACCAAUUUCGGGCGAACAGCCGGAGGUCCUCUUGUGGCAACAAGCUAUGAUUAUGAUGCCCCAAUAGAUGAAUAUGGUUUUAUCAGGCAGCCGAAAUGGGGACACCUACGCGAUUUGCACUUGGCGAUAAAGCACUGUGAGGAGUAUUUGAUCAGAUCUGAUCCAACUCACCAGCAGCUUGGUCACAAUCUAGAGGCACAUAUCUACUAUAAGUCCUCCAAUAAAUGUGCAGCAUUCCUUGCAAAUUAUGACAGCGAACUUGAUGCAAAUGUUACAUUUAAUGGAAACUUGUACUUCCUUCCGGCUUGGUCCGUAAGCAUCCUUCCAGACUGUAAGAAUGUCAUUUUUAACACUGCAAAGGUUGUGUCUCAGAGAAUUUUGGCUCAUACAACAACUGCUAAUAAGUUAAUAUUGUCAGCAACAUCAUGGAGCUGGUAUGUGGAAAAACCAGGUGUUUGGGGCAAUAACUCAUUUACGGAAUCGCGUUUGUUGGAGCAGAUUAAUACGACAAAAGACACUAGCGAUUACCUAUGGUACACAACAAGUAUAAAUAUCAUGCCUGGUCAAUCGAAAGAGGUCUUCCUGCUUAUCGAAAGUCUGGGACAUGCGGCACUUAUUUUUGUCAACAAAAAGCUUGUUGCUUUUGGAUAUGGUAAUCAUGAUGAUGCCAGCUUUUCAAUCAAUGAGAAAAUUAGUCUUGUUGAAGGGAACAAUACAUUGGAUAUUAUGAGCAUGAUGGUUGGUCUACAGAAUUUUGGUCCGUGGUUCGAUGUUCAAGGGGCAGGAAUCUUUUCAGUGGUUCUAAUUGAUCCAUGGAAUAACAAAUAUGAUGUUUCCGCUGAAGAAUGGACCUAUCAGGUGGGACUUGAGGGAGAAUACCUUGGACUAGAUAAAGUAAUUCAUGCAAAUAGUUCAGUGUGGAUAAAGGGGAGUGUUCCACCUAUCAACAAGACAUUGAUUUGGUACAAGGUUUCUUUCCUUACACCUCAAGGCAACGGUCCUUUGGCCUUAAAUCUCACUAGUAUGGGGAAAGGUCAAGCAUGGGUCAAUGGACAGAGCAUAGGCAGAUACUGGCCAGCCUAUCUAUCACCAUCCGAAGGUUGUACCGAGAACUGUGAUUACCGAGGAGAAUAUGAUUCCACAAAAUGUCAAAAGAAUUGUGGCCAACCUGCUCAAACAUUAUAUCACGUCCCACGCUCUUGGGUACAUCCUGGUCAGAACCUAUUAGUACUUCAUGAAGAGCUUGGUGGUGACCCUACAAAGAUUUCAGUACUGACAAGAACCGGUCAAGAGAUUUGUUCAUUCGUAUCGGAGGAUGAUCCUCAGCCAGCUGACUUUUGGAUACUGAACAUGGGAUUCGGGUCUAGAAGUCCCGAAGCUCGACUGACCUGUGAACAAGGUUGGCACAUUACUUCAAUCAACUUUGCUAGUUUUGGAUCUCCACAAGGAAAUUGUGGUGCAUUCAGUGUAGGGACUUGUCAUGCUAACAUUCUACCAAUGGUUCAGAAGGCUUGCAUUGGUGAAGAGCAGUGCUCGGUACCUGUUUCCACCGCAAACCUCGGUGACCCUUGCCCUGGUGUGCUGAAAACCCUUGCCAUUGAAGCUAUGUGUAGUGACUAA